AUGACGCCCUUCAAGGCAACACAGCCCUUGAAAGGCGAUGACCUCAACUUGGCCAAGCCCUUCAGCAGCAACGACCACCGUGCCUUGGCUCAAGAAGUCGGACGAUUCAUUAAGAUAAGAGAAGACAUGGAUAACCAGAUGGCAGAGUCAAUGAAACACGUCAAUCAGUCCAAAGACGUCCAACUUCAGCAAGAGCUAUUGCUUCAGAUGUCAGUUCGCAUGAAGGCCAAGGAGAACAAGUUUAUUCGCCGUCAGAGCAAGGUCCUGGCCGAUAGGAAGAAGCUCUUUGAACUGGACCCCUCGGAUGCAAGAGCUCGCGAUGUUGAAAUCCUCAAAUCCGUGUUAUCCAAGCUCCGCGAUAAGAAUCAGACCCCAAAAAGCGGGCGCAAGUACAAGCCAUCUGGUCGCGAUGAUGGUGGCGCCUCAUCUAUCGAUUGGGAUUAUGAGAUGAGUGGCCUGGGCCGCGACAACGACGACUAUCACGCCGCCCUUGAGAAAGAUCUAAGCAUGGACCCAACCUGUUUGAAUCCUGCGAGCUCCACCAAGAAGAGAAAGCGAGCCGACGAGACCGCCCGGACCUUCAAGCAGGCGGGAAACUGUGUCUCUACUGUGGUUCAUGGUCAAAGGUCUCAGGAGGAUGUCAACAUGAAUAUGGAAAAGAGUGUGAAGAAGAAUAAGACCAAGCACAAAACCAUAAAUAUCUCUUCUUCGGAGGCUGAGAGCAUAGAAGAAGGCAGCAACCAGAGCGCCGAUGCCUGUCUUACAGAUUCGAAAGCCAGCAAAGCCCCUAAUGGCAUUGUCCAUGUCGAGGUUAAAUACGGCUACGAUGACGAGGCAAAGAAAGACAAGGCGAAGAAGAACAAGAAGUCGUCAAAGCCGCCGAAGUCAAAAUACUUUUUCGUCGUCGAGACCGAGCACGAGAAAGACGACAACUCCAAGAAGCCUACUGGCCAGGUCUCCGAGGCGGAGAAACACAAUUCUGGGGCCGCUGAUGAUGUCAAAGAAGAGAUCAAGGCAAAGAAGGAGGCCAAGAAUAAGAAGAAAAAGAAGGAGCAGAAGAAGAAGCAUAGGAUCGCUACGACUGCAACCGGCUCUGAUGAUGUCGUUGUCAUCAACCCGGAUGAACAGACAGACCUUGGGGAAUUGGAGACCUGCCCUAGUGAUUACAAGCUUGAUGCUCUCAAGGGGGUCGAGAAAGAGAAACAAACUACGGAUGACACCGUCCAAAACCGCUCCGAGCUAAGGAAACAUAUCCAAAUCACGGAUAGUGAGCAGUCUGCUGCCAACGAGGGAAACAAAAAGACAUGGAGAAGAAAUAGGACGAACAGCCGGGUCUUUCACGCUGGCCAAGAGAAGGCCCAAGAUGCUGGUAGCUAUGGUUCUGAGGAUGCUUUUUCAACCACUGAACGAGCUUUGAAGGGCCCCACGUCUAUCAAGCCUCCAGUUAUUCCCGUUCCUUCAUUCUCGGAGACGGCUGGUCGCACUCCUUGGAACCCGUGGUCCGCCUACCGGGGCCCGGAGGACUCUGAUACGAAAAUUGUUACUAAGACUAUUGGUAAGGUCGACGCUCCCACCAAAGGCUCUCCCACCCCCCUUCCUAAAAAGGAUCAGAAGAAAAAGACAAGACUCAGCAGGAAGGUAAAGAAGCCUGCCGUGCCCUUGGAGUCUCGUCCUGCGAUUGCCCAGGGCAAGACGUCUGUUCGAGGUGUUCGUGUCUCUGAGGAUCUUGUCCGCCUCAUAAUGUAGCGUCGAGCGAGCAGAGUCGCUAAACAAGCUUCUUGCCAAGGACCAGGAGUUGCUCAAAGAAGAGAAGAAGACUUGGUUCAAGACCGUUGGUCUCCCGCAUGAUGAUUGAGUUGUUUAUUGGGAGGGCUGGUCAUGUAAGUGAGUUGCACCAUUCCGCAAGGCACAUCUCGCAAAGGGAGCAACGAGAAGGUACACAGGCGGCUUUCAGUGGCAAGUGUCGUAGCUAGUUAGGGAGAAGCUGGCUUGAAAACAUCGUAUCGGCCUCGGUGAUUAUUCGCAUGUU